AUGACCUCCAGCUACGGACACGUUCUGGAGCGGCAGCCGGCGCUGGGCGGCCGCCUGGACAGUCCCGGCAACCUGGACACGCUGCAGGCCAAGAAGAACUUCUCCGUGAGCCACCUGCUAGACCUGGAGGAGGCCGGGGACAUGGUGGCGGCGCAGGCGGACGACAGCGUGGGCGAGGCGGGCCGGAGCCUGCUCGAGUCGCCGGGGCUGACCAGCGGCAGCGACACGCCGCUGCCGGACAAUGAUCAGCUCAACUCGGAGGAUAAGAAGAAGAGGAAGCAGCGGCGGAACAGGACCACGUUCAACAGCAGCCAGCUGCAGGCACUGGAGCGGGUCUUCGAGAGGACACACUACCCUGACGCCUUCGUGCGCGAGGAUCUUGCCCGCCGAGUCAACCUCACAGAAGCCAGAGUGCAGGUGUGGUUUCAGAACCGAAGGGCCAAGUUCCGCAGGAAUGAGCGAGCCAUGCUGGCCAAUAAGAACGUUUCCCUGCUCAAGUCCUACUCGGGUGAAGUGGCAGCUGUGGAACAGCCCAUCGUGCCCCGUCCAGCUCCCAGACCCACCGAUUACUUGUCCUGGGGGACUGCUUCUCCAUACAGUGCCAUGGUCACUUACUCUGCCACAUGCGCCAACCAUAGCCCUGCCCAGGGCAUCCACAUGGCCAACAGCAUUGCCAACCUGAGACUGAAGGCCAAGGAAUAUAGUUUACAGAGGAACCAGGUGCCAACAGUGAACUGAGGAAAACAAUUACACAGGCCUGAGAAGAAAUUUUAAAAAAUAAAUAAAAACCAAAAACCAAACCAAAACAGCAACACACCAAAUACCACAAAACCCCUAAGUCACCUCUCCAGCUCUGUCAGUCGCUGCUUCAUCUGUGGACCACCAAACACAGAUCAGUCAUCACAGCCCAUCCCAACCCAAGACAGAUACUGGAACCCAUGCAGAGAGAGGGCAGGAGAGGAAGAGAAAUGGAAAUUAGUUAAUAAUCCCCAU